CGGCCCGAUACAGUCGUGGAGGGAGUGCGAAAUCACGCUGACGCUGUGAGAGUGGCGCGCAUCACGUCGUCGUGCUUGAAGCGCUGGAACGUGCCGAUCGAACGUGUCAUCGGAGGAUGCGAGUGAACGCCGGGUGAAGAAAAAGAAAGAAGUUAUUCCCGGGGGAAGGGAGAGGAGGAUUGAGAAAGUUGCUGAAGGUCUUCCAAGGGGGGUGGAAAAAGAAUCGGCAGUGCGAGAGAAACUUGGGGGAAUAGCGCGAAAAAGGAAAACAUACGAAGGGAUCGACGCGACGGGGGGAAAAAGUCGCGGAGGCGGAAAAACGAUGUGAAGAACGAACAAAGUGUGGGUCAACAGAAAAAGAAAAAGAAGUGCGAAGGGAUCUUGGAAUGAAGUACCGAAAAACGCGCGUGGCACUGGAUACCGCCAAACAGACAUCGACGAUGUGAUCCCGCGACGCGAAGAAUCGCUGCGGUCCACCACACACAGCUUCGACUUCCGCGAUCGCGAUCUAUCAUCCGGUCUCCAAGGAGUACUUCCGCAAGUCCAGCGGUCCAGCGCAGCCUUAUUUCAACGUCGUGUGUCGCUCGCGCGCGUCGCGGAAUCGUCGCUCUCAGCAACGAUCGGAGAUCGCUUGCGCGCUCCGAUCGGUCUCCGGACGGCCGGUCUCUUGUCUCGUGCCUCCGAAAAUCCGCCUUCAGAAAAAAAAGAAAGAAUGCGCGUAUAUCGCGCCGGCGAUAUUCAGCAGACGCGCCGUCCGGGCUCCGGACACGGCUAAAAGCUCUUCGAAGGAGGAAAGAGUGAAUCCGCCGUUGGAUCAGUGUGCGUUCAGACAGUGCGGGUGGAUGUACGACGACGACGACGACGACGUUCGUACCCUGGUGAUCGGUGUUGCUAUGAUCGUGCCGCGUUGGUCCCGUCACGUGGAACGAUCAUGAUUUACUUUAGGCCGCACGACGGUAGGAGUCUACGGUACAACGCGAAUGCGAGACACUUGAACGUGCUCGUCGUGCCGCUCUUUCCGCUCUGGAUUAUCGGCGCGUUCUGCGUGAAGGACAUACCCAUAUCACACAUCGUGGCACUGGUCGGAGAUUCCACCUAUCUUCCCUGCGACAUAUCAACCACUCACGAGGGGGACUCCGUGCAUCUUGUGCUCUGGUAUCGCGAGGAUCUCGGUACAUCAGUUUACAGCAUCGACGCCAGGAACCGGGAGUUCGGUGUCGCCGAAAGAUGGUCGGACAACAGCGUAUUCUCGAAUCGCGCCUAUUUCAUGCUGGACAAACAACCGGCGCAGCUGGGCGUCGAGAACACGAGAGAAGAGGACGCCGGUAUCUACAGGUGCCGCGUCGAUUUUCAAAUCGGCCAGACGAGAAACUCCAAAGUCAAUUUAACAGUAAUCGUACCGCCGCGCAAGAUUACGAUCGUCGACGAGAACGAGAACGGACGUACGAUGGUCGGGCCGUAUGUGGAGGGCGACAACCUACGGCUCUUCUGCGACGUCCGUGGCGGUAAGCCGGCCCCGAUGGUGUCCUGGUAUCGCAACGACAGAUUCGUCACCAAUCGGACCACGACGCGGAGCGGCGGCGUGACACGCAGCGAGAUCGUUAUACAGAACUUGAGCCGGGACGACGUCCACUCGGUGCUGACCUGCAACGCCACGAAUAACAAUAGGUCGCUUCCGCUGUCGUCGUCGGUCCGCGUGGACAUGCAUUUCAACCCGUUGGAGGUGAAAAUAAUUGACGGAAACCGACCGCUGUCGGCGGGCAAGAAGUACGACUUGGUCUGCACAACUUCCGGUUCCAGGCCACCAGCCGGCGUCACCUGGUGGAGGAACGGUCAGCGCUUAGUGGAUUCCAAGGAGACCACCUCCGCCGAUGGGAACACGACCACCAGCGUUUUAUCUUUCAUGGCGACGAAAGCAGACGCAGGCAGACACUUGUCGUGUCAAGCUGAAAAUCGAAUCAUGGGAACCGCGCCGAUAGACGACGGCUGGGUACUCCAGAUACAAUACACGCCGGAGACGCAGAUCCAGCUCGGCACGUCGCUGAAUCCGAACACCAUACGCGAGGGCACGGAUGUCUACUUCGACUGUCUCAUACAGGCCGAGCCGUCGGUGUACAAGGUGGAGUGGCGGCAUCAGGGCAAGACUCUCCAUCACAACAUCACGCAGGGCAUCAUAAUCAGCAACCAGAGCCUGGUGCUGCAGGGGGUCGAUCGCAAAAGCGCCGGCAAUUACACGUGUGUGGGAUACAAUACCGAGGGCGACGGCGAGAGCUCGCCCUUUUAUCUGAACGUGAUGUUCGCCCCUACGUGCAAGCCGAACCAGACGAAGGUCCACGGCGUGGCGAAACAGGAGAAGGCGAAUAUAUCCUGCCAAGUGGAUGCAAAUCCGCCGGAAGUGCAAUUCAAGUGGACCUUCAAUAACUCCGCCGAGAGUAUCGACGUUGCGGCCACCCAUAUCGCGCGGGCUGGCACAUCCUCUAUCGUCUCAUACACACCAAUGACGGAAUUAGAUUAUGGCACGUUACUCUGCUGGGCCAGCAAUCACAUCGGACAACAACAAGUGCCCUGUGUAUAUCACAUUAUACCGGCGGGUCGACCAGACAUGGUUCACAAUUGCACGACCUCGAACACGUCGACCAACUCGUUUUCCGUGCGGUGCUCGGAGGGCUUCAACGGCGGCCUGCAGCAGUCCUUUCUACUGGAGGUGCGCGAGAGCAACAGCCAGGAGUUGCGUGCCAAUCUGACGUCGCCGGUGCCGCGCUUCAGCGUCACUCACCUGGAGUCCGGCGCCCUUUAUCAGGCCUGCAUUUACGCUUACAACGACAAGGGCCGCAGCGAGGCGAUGGUGGUGCAGGCCGGCACUCUGAGGCUGCCGGAAAAACAACUGACAUCCGAGUCGGAACGACCGAGGCAGCACGACAACCUGACACCGAUGCUGAGCGUGACGAUCGGCGUCGUGAUGGCUCUCAUUAUCGUCGCGAUCAUCGUGAUGGUCGUUUUACGGAUCCAGCACACGCACGUGGAGGAGCAGAACAAGUCGCAGAUGGAGGAUCACGCGAAGCAGACGAAGGCCAUCCCUAUACAAAGGGAGCUACGAUUCCGGGAGGGAUGCAGCUUGCUCGCGGACGAGAAGCAUCCCAGCAGCCCGUUCAGAAAGCUGGACACCAGUGGCGAUCUCAGCGAGAGCGACGAGAAGAAUCCUGACAUUAUUCCGCAGCAGAUUACUGGUGACGAGCCGUCGGAAUACUUAAGGAAGAGACGUCUGGUAUCAACGAUCGAAACGUCACCGUCAAGGAGUCUUCUCGAGCACUCGACGGUGACUUCCAUCAGCGGACACAGCAGUUACGUCGGCUACUGCACAAUCCGCAACGGCAUGCCGCUGCACGAGUUCUCCAACUUGUCAACGAAGCACAAAAGCUUUCAGCCGAUGGUGAGCGACGUUUACGAGAGCGGCAUGUGCACCCUGCCCAGGCAACACUGGCCCAGCCAGAGCGUUCAAUCGAUGUCGAUGACAAUGAGUCCUCCGAUGUUGUACGCCGGUCUGGGCGUCGUCACCAGGACCUGUCCGAGCGGCACGUUGCCGGCGAAGGACUGCGAGACACGAGUGCCCGGCCAGUGCUGUCCGGCGGUCCAGACGCAGAAGGACGCGACGAUAGGCACGCCGGUGGUGAUGGCCAAGCGGGAGAGCUCCGUGUGACCCUACACCCACCACGGGGCCUGCACCUGCAGCGUGAGCGAGCUGCUGUGAAUCACGCCGUUGUCAAUCGCGAGAGAGAGAGAGAGCCGCGCGGAUAUCCUGGACGGCACAGGAAACGUUUUGGGAGAUGUCUACAGGUCGCGCGAAAAAUUAGAGAACGUCUUUUAGGAACGAAACUUCGGAAUAAAACUCCGAAAGACGUUUGGACAAUCGUCAUCUAGAUCUGAAAGUUAAAAUAAAUCUCCUUUGAACGAUUCGUUAGGGGGAUGAUUCCUUUUAUCUGGAACACGUCCCUCCGACGUCCGUGUUGUCCGGGACGCUUCGGGCGUGCGAGCCGGUUCGAGUUCGACGGGUUUACGUUUCCACUCCACGACAAACAUCACGAAUUUGCGUCUCUCUGUUGAAUCAAGUGCCCUUUUACGCUGAAGAACGACCAACAUCCCGACCGGCUGGCUGCUCUGCCGGCUUCUCUCAUUUCGUGUGCGUAGCCUCGUGAUCGAGCCCCGGUGGAACCACGGCCGGCACCUCGUAAUUCGGAUAGAGAGUGAAUUUACGAAAAUGUACGUGUGCGCGAGAGCUCGCGCGAGCGCUCGCCGCACAUACUCCUGUACAUACCUCGAGACACGGAAGAUAUUUUGUACGAGUCGCGUAUAUUAACGAUUUAUUCCCACUUUUACUAUGAAAACACAACACUGUACAAUUUGUCUAGUCGAUGUAAGUAUAAAUAUGUAUAUGCGUUAAAGUCGUCGGGGAGGCGUCAGACCAGAAUAACGUACACUGAGGGGGAUGAUCAUCACCGUCGCGUCACGCCGCGCGCGCGCGCGCGCGCGGCGUAAUUAUUUAUAACGUUGACAACGCGUAAACGCGAAAUAGCGGGACUCUCGCGGGUACGGGAGAGAGAAACGGGGGCGGGCGAAGUUGUCAGAGACAUAUCGUUUGUAUCUCCAUCCGCGGGAAUCGAGUGCGAGACGAGGCGUACGAAGAGCGGCGGAGUAAUGAGACGAAAGAGGAAGAGAAAGAGGAAAGAGAGGAGAGGAUAGAUGAGGAGGAAAAGAGGGGGGGGGGAAAGAAAGGAAAAUCCCCGUCGCGCUUUCGUCUCAGUCUGCAGGAUUCUGGAUUUCACCGUAAUAUUAAGUAUCUCUUGUACAAUGUAUAAAGUAACGACUUCCCUUCGAAGUAAAUGUACCGAGUAUGAUGAACGUUGUUUUUUCAAAGUCUUGAAUCUUAACUCUAUAUAGGGAGAGAGAAACGCCCCCGAUUUACGCCCUAAGGAAAAAAAAGGUGUGGUAAUCGCGAUAGCACUUCUAAUUUUACUGCCUGUUUCGACGCUUGUGAAUCUCGUUUGUAACUUCAUUCGGCAGAGGUUUCCCGGCCUCUCUCUG